AUGAAUGAUGUCCAAGAAGUUGCACUGGACUUCCUCAAGAGCUCAUGUGAACGCGGGGAGUAUACAAUCCAGUAUCACCGGACGGAUGCCAUCGAAUACAUCCGUAUCAACACGGCGGACGUUAUAAGCCUCCUCGCUACUUUGGUGUACGACAAGCCUCAAGGGAAUCGCUGGUGCAGCGUCGUAUUCCAAAGACCAUUCCAAUCAUUGAUUCAGCUACACGAUGCAGCUCUGGAAUGCCUCCAGAAAGUCUCAUUCCCCCAACUGGAGACUUACCUGGAGUUCAUGAACAGGAAAAUAAUGCCACGCUACCUUGAACUGCGCGCUGGCCGUAUAGGCGACAUAUACUUUGGGGAUCUCUGGUGUAUGUUCCACGUGGGGGAGCUCAUUUGCUCAUACGGCCAGGAACACGCACAGCGCGAUAUCUUCAGCGAGGGAAGUUACCGACUGUGGCGACUAACCUCCUUUCGGACAUGCCGACGGCGCGACGCAAGGUUGGAUGCACCCGCGAUAGCUCAUGAGCUUACCUGCUACCGGCUUGAUCACGACGGAGAAAAGUACCUCGCAGUAAGAAGGGUGUUUCGGAUAGAUCCUUACGCUGGGCCAAGAGAUCCGCUAAGCCUGCCUGUUUUCCCCUUACGACUUCUGGAAGCGCAUCGUCGACUCAAGGAGGAUGCGUGCGCUCGCGGCAAACUUUUCACCGAGCUACUGCUCCGGAGAUUCUAUUACCAUGACGCCUGGGCUUCUAACGUUGUUGGAGAUAGCAGUAUCGGACACAGGCGGCCUGAUUACAUCAAAGGCGAGGUCGUAAUAGACUUGGCAGAGACGUUCCACGCCCACCCAACAUUGAAGCCAACAUGGGCCGAGGGAGAACUGGUGGAAUUCCAAAGCAUCGCAGUUUCAGAUGACACAAGCUUUGACCCGCCAGUGGUAACACUUGAUCCAUGGGAGGAUCUCUUAGCGGAGAGAGACAGGUCAGCCAUCCCCCGUCCCGCGCCAACUCCGGAUUACGUACCUUCUGAAGAAGAUUUCGUCCUUCUUCCAAGAUCGAUUCCCGUCUAUUCCAUCAAAGAACGGCGAUUCGUCAUGGCGUCCCCGUUGAACCUGAAACCAAUCGCUCAGACAGAGCAGAUUUUCGAGACGUUGAAGAUUCCAGUAGAGCAUAAACGAAUUAUUCGAAGCUUGCUCAGCAGCCACUUUCAGCGUCGAGAGCUUGAAGCUAGAGGACACAAGAUCGGUUCUCAAGACAUGAUCAGUGGGAAAGGGCAAGGCCUAGUCAUACUGCUGCAUGGCUCGCCAGGUGUAGGCAAAACGGCUACGGCAGAGGCUGUCGCGCGGGAAACGAAGAGACCUCUCUUUGCCAUCACUUGCGGCGACCUUGGCUAUACCCCAGACCAGGUGGAACAGUCCUUGAAAGACAUUUUCAGGUUCGCUUAUCUUUGGAACUGCGUUACUUUGCUCGACGAAGCAGACGUGUUUCUCUCUCAACGGGCUAAAACCGAUCUCAAGAGAAAUGCGCUGGUAUCAGGCGUUCCUCCGCCCAUUCCUUCCAUUCGCAGUUCUAAUAGUCGUAUUUUCAAUUUCGGUCCGAAGUCGAGAGGUGCCGUUUCUUUUGCUUUUCUUGCAUUCGCCCAACACGCUUUAUUCUUGCGAACAUUGGAAUAUUACAGCGGCAUGCUUUUCUUGACAACUAACCGGCCUGGGACACUAGAUGAAGCAAUCAAGUCACGAGUCCACGUAAGCCUGUACUAUCCACCCCUGGGAAAGGAAGAGACUUUGGAGAUCUUCGACCUAAAUCUCUCCCGCCUAGAACAACUCGAGGAGCAAAGGAGCAAGGCGAGCGGCGAAUCACCAAUAUACAUCUACAAGAAAGAGAUUCUGGAGUUUGCUGAGAAGCACUUUGCCGCGUGCGGCAAGAAUGGUGGUGUUGGUCGCUGGAACGGGCGACAGAUCAGGAACGCAUUCCAAAUCGCAUCCUCGCUGGCCCUCUACGAAAAGCAGGAGAAUCCGGGUGCACAGGCACAGCUUCGCGCUCAACAUUUUAGCACCGUGGCCGCCGUUACCUCGAAAUAUGACGAGUAUAGAACUGCAGUUCUCGGAAAGGCGGAUGAUGAGCUGGCGUAUGAGCGCGGGGAGCGAUUUGAUGACGCCGAGGAAGAUGCCACAGAACCGGUCAGCGCUCGGGACGGGAAAUACGAUUGGGUCUAUAGCCCAAGCGCACGGGCCGAAUCGAAGCGGCCUCCGCUGCCACACAGUCAGUCCGUGCCGCUCGACAGGUACACGGCGCAGCCGCCGGUAUCACCCUGUCCUCCUGUUGGGACUUUGGAUUAUUGCCUUGAUGUGAGGCAACAGGUGCCACAUUCACCUAUGACCUACAGACCCCGCACCCCGUUGACCGGUGAAAGUCCUUCGUCUAGAGUUCCGCAAUACUAUGACCGCCAUCAGCGCUCGCAUCCACUCGAAGCGCGGCAGAUGCAGCGGAACGAGCACGUACCCCAUUACGGUCAACGCCCGGCUGAGUACGGACGAGAUGAAUAUGGUGCGAAUGUCCCGCCACCAUUUCUCGAUAACGAUGAGGAAUGA